GGGCCACACCACGUUUCUGCGUCUGCUCCUGUGGCCACUCCUUCUUGCCCUCAGCUCUCCUGCUGCCAAGAUGGCAUCGCCACAGACAGAGACUCCUGGGCUGGAGCUGCAAAGUCCCAAGGAGGCUGAGGAGUCGCAGACUCCAGCCCAGGGCUCCCGGCAAACAAACAGCAGGAAGGAGUCCAAUGCCCACUGCAAGGAUGGCACAAGGCUGGGCCUGGGCACCUUGAGGCAGGCCUUCUCCCGGGCCAGCCAACGGGCUUUGACCCAGGUCUCCAAGGAGGAUACGGGCCUGUUCCGGCGAAGCUCCUGCUCCCUGUUCCGGUCCUUCCGGCAAGCCCUGGAUGGGGGCCCAGCUGCCGGCCAUUUCCAGGCCACUCCUGAGGUGCCCUCGGGGGUCAUGAACAGUGUCAGCCAGCAGGCAUCCACUGGGGCAGCGUCUGAGGAACUGAAACCCGAGGCAGAAGGCAAAUCCGUGGCCGACCUCAUCACUGAACGGCAACUGCUGGCGGCCUUCGAACAGCUUCUGCGCCUGGAGACACGGCUGGUGGCGGAGAAGGCCUCGCGCACCUUUGAGCAGGACCCCACGGACUUCGCGCGGCGCGCCAUGGACGUGUGCCUGCAUUACGACGCGCUGGCAGCCGAGCUCAGCGCCAUCGUGCGCGAAACGCUGGGCAGCGACGGCGUGGACGCGGCUGUGCUGGCCGAGCUGGCCCGCGUGGUGAACGCGGAGGAGGAGGCCCACCCCUCGCCCCCCGACGACGGCGACUUCCUGCGCACGCCGCGCCACUGGCGCCAGCACUGGGAGGAGGCGGUGCGGCGGAGCGCUCAGGAGCGCGUUCGGCGGCCGGGCGCGGGGUGGGCCUCUGCGGCGGCGGAGGGCGCCUCGGGUCUGGCCCAGCUUCUGGCAGAGCUGGGCGGCUUGGUUCGCCGCGAUCUGCAGAAGGUGCGGCAGGAGGUGCAUCCCGCUUAUGCGGCGGCCGGCUUCCCGGCGUGGGAAGUCUAUCUGCGCGCCUUCCACAGCGCGGUGGCCCAGCGCCUGCAGGAACUCGCGCGCAACGCCCGCGGCUGCGAGCAGCUCUAUGUCUUGCUAGACUGGGCCGCCAACGUCUAUGGCAGUCCUGACUUCCUGGGCCCCCCGGGCCUGGCGCUGCCCGCCGAGCCCCUGCCCCCGCUCCUGGCGCCCGACGUGUGGGCCCGACUGGAGAGCGACUACACCAGCUUCCUGGAGGCCAAGAUCGCAAGCUGCUUCGACAACAUCUUGCAGCUGGAGCAGAGUCACUGGGCGGCCGCCGAGGACCCCGAGGUGCUGCAGGGCCUUUACCGGGCGCCGCUCUCCAUGGACGUCCACAUGCUCGUGGCUGAGCACGUGAAGGCGGCCGGCGCCAUCUCCGCGGAGCUGGAGGCCACCACGCUGCGAAUCUGCACACGGGCGCUCGGCCUCUUCGUGCCCAGGUUUGAAAAGGCUUUUCUGGCGUCGGAGGCGGUGAGCGAGCCCCACCUGGGCGCCUACAUCAACGCCUGCGAGGAGCUCAGGACCAGUAUUCUCUCCAGGUUCCCAGGAACUCAAGAGGAGCUGGAGAAGCCCCUGGUGGCGGCCACCUGCAGCUUCCAGAAGCACCUGCUUCAGGGCUUGCAGCGUGAGUUGCAGCCGCUCUUCAGGGUUGUGUGCACCAGGGACUGGCUGACGCAGGACUGGCUGCGUCCCCUCAUGGACAAGGUAGUGAGGUUCACCGGUCAUCUCCAGCGUGUGGCCCAGCCACGGGCACAGGAGACUCUGCAGGAGGUGCACCGGUUCGUGGUCCGCGAGUACCUGGCACAGGCGCUGAGGCCACGGAAGCGGUUCUGGGCCAUGGAGCGCAUGCGUGGCUCCCAGAAGAUGAGCCUGGAUGCCCAGGCCAUCAGCGACACCUUCCAGGGCCUGGGUUCCGAGGCCACAUGGUUGGACCAAGCCAUCCAGUGUGUGGCCGAGAUCCUGGGCGAGACUUACAAAGACGACAUCCAGCGGCACCUGGAGACUCUCAUCCGGAGCUACCCUGACAUCAGGCGGGACCACAUACUGGCCAUUCUGGCGCUGCGCCAACUGGGCUGCCGGCGGAAACAGCGUCUCUUGCGGCACACCCAAGACUUGCUGAGAGCUGCAGCUGGGGUGUUGGGUGCGGAGGCCCCCCGGGGCCGUGUGCUCUUUGAGGAGAUCAAGGUGCCCAGUGCCAUGGCUGUGCGAAUCACCUGUAUCUAGUUCUCUCUGGCUCGAGAGGGGGCCGGCUGCCGGCAGGGGGCUGUGGUCAGUGGGGUUCAGCCAAGAGCCCAGGGAGUCACUCUGGGCCGUGCCCCCAACUCUGACACUGCAGUUAGGGAAUUUUUGUCGUCAGCAGCCAAGCACAGCUGUCCAGCCAGAAGGAGCAGCCGUGCAGGAGGCAUUUCAGGCAUUGGUCGGGAGUGUUUGGGGCCGCAGAGCUCUCAGUGCUGCCUGUCAUGGAGCCUCCCACCGACUGUCCGGCUUCACCCUCCAGUCUGAAACUGAAGAGCAGAGUAUUUAUUUAAAAAAUAAAUGUGAAUUAAAA